UGUCCUCUAUACUGCGAAUGUUGGAGCAUGGGAAGCAGCAGGCAAGCCUCACUCCAAGGGAACAACAACAACAACAACAACAACAACAACAGGACCAGGACCAUCACUGUUGGCAGAGAAGGAGAAAGCUUGACCAACCUGCACCAUCCUCAGAAGCUCAUGCGCAGUGCCACUCAUGCUCACUACUUGUCUUCGUCCUUGCAUGCUUUUCAUCAAACUACCACUUUGGGAUCCCAAGCUUUCAAGUUCAUGCAGGUGUGUUGAGAGGAUUCCCUUUUACUUCAGCUCAGUGGCAGGAGUUGCAGCGCCAGGCUCUCAUCUUCAAGCAUUUCAUGGCUUCUGUCCCUGUCCCACCUGACUUGCUUCUUCCCUCGUCGGCUAAGUGUUUCCCGGAGGCACCUCCUCAUCUUCUCUUCUACACUAACACUAAUAAUGAGAUUGGAGUUGGGGGAGGGUAUUAUAGGUUCAGUGCUGGAGGGGAUCCAGAGCCGGGGAGAUGCCGGAGAACAGACGGGAAGAAGUGGAGGUGCUCUAGAGAUGUUGAGCCAGGGAUGAAGUACUGCGAGCGCCAUGUGCACAGGGGUCGCCCUCGUUCAAGAAAGCCUGUGGAACUCCUCCAUAAGACUACCAAGCUCACAACCACCACUACCACUACUCCCACUAAAACCACUGCUCCUCCUCCAUCAACCACCCAGCAGUUGCCUGUUUUCAAGUUCCCUUUCCAAUCAAUGGAACCUGCUGCUAAGGAUCCCAGGUAUGUGGAACCUGGCAGCCAUGAGUGGGAGCUGAUGCACUUGAAGAUGGAAUUAGGGAGUGAUUCUGUUCUUCAGCACUAUGAGGACCAGUACAGCAACCUCAACUGCACAACCUUGAACAACCACUGCUUCCCAUUUCUCAGCCCUGAUCUCUCUUCACUAGAAGAUCCUCCAAGAAGCUUUAUUGAUGCAUGGUCCAAUGAAAACUCAGUCAAAACUACUACAACCUCUGUUUCCACUGUUGGGAAAUUCCCACUCUCUACUUUGACACUUGCCAUGUCUGGCAUUGCUGAAGAAACUGAUCAAAUAGAGAUGGGUCUAAGUCUCAGUGAUAUUGGUAUUGUGAAAUCUCAGACAUCAAGUUGGAUGGGAUCUGGAGGUCCACUUGCAGAGGUUUUACACAACAAUGGAUGUAGUAGCAGUAGUAGCAGGAACUCAAGUGGUGAACUUAUGAAUCUAAUGGGUAAUGGAAGUAGCCAUGAGGUUAGUCCUGAAGAUAGUCCAGUGAGACCAGUGUCUUCUCCAUCUGGUGUUCUUCAGAAGGCCUUGGUUUCACUAUCAGAUUGCAGCAGCAGCAGCAAUAGCGGCAGCAGCCCCACAUUAGCUACUACAUCCAAGCAGGAGAUGGCUCUCCAAUGGUUAAACCAAUCUAAGUAGUUGUAGUAGUUGUAGUAGCAGUAACAGCAGCAAUAUUUGUUUCUCUCUUUCUGAGUUGAUGAAGCUGUUUUUCUUGUUUGUUUUGUUGAUUGUUUUAAACUUGAAGACAUGGAAUGCUUUCCUGUU